CCUGUUAAUUAGAUACCGGUUGGAGAGUUUCGGCAGCAGAGUCGAGAUGCGGACGGCCUGAGAGGAGCAGCUCUGCUCGAACCGAGUUAGAAGAAGCGAACGGAACCGGAGCAUCAGCGGAGGGUCUUUUCAAGUAGUCCGUGAUAUAAAGAGGGUUCUCGCAAUGGUUCAGCAAACGGAGCACGUAGGGGUCAUCGCCGAGUCUCGCGGGGCUGCUGAUCCCAAGGAGCGCGAGCCGCUGGCGGUGUCGGCGCGCGCCCAUGUGCCGCUGAAGCCGGACUGGUGUAAAACGGCUUCGGGUCACAUCAAACGGCCCAUGAACGCCUUCAUGGUCUGGUCCAAGAUCGAGAGGAGGAAGAUCAUGGAGCAGUCGCCGGACAUGCACAACGCGGAGAUCUCCAAGCGGCUCGGGAAGCGCUGGAAGAUGCUGAAAGACACCGAGAAGGUCCCGUUCAUACGGGAGGCGGAGCGGCUCCGGCUCAAGCACAUGGCCGACUACCCGGACUACAAGUACCGGCCCAAGAAGAAGCCCAAGACGGAGGGCUGCGCGUUUCCCGCGGGGAAGUCCUCCGCUCAGUCCCCGGAGAAAAGCAGCGCGAGACCGGCCAACAAGAUCCCCCCCGCCGCCAGAAAGUUCUCCAAGUUAAAACCCCGCAAACCGGUGGCCGUUACCGGCAGACCCCUCCCUCAGCACCAGGACCACCGGUACCGGUACAUGUUGACCAGCAGCUUUAAAAGCGUCAAACGGGACUUUACGGAUGACGAGGAUGAAGAUGACUCCGAUGAGGAUGAGGAGCAGGGCUCCAAACGGGGCGAGGAGGACGAACCGUCCCGGUACCGGGUCACCAAAGUCCCGUCCAGCCAGAGUCUGAGCUCCGCCGAACCGGAGUUCUACCCGUCCGGACGGCACUUCUAUAGCUUCAAGAACAUCACCCGGCAGGGAGGCAGCACCUCCUCCUACCCGGCCUCCCUCUCACCAGCCUCCUCCUCCCGGUCCGGGUCCACCUCCUCUUGCUGCGGGGAGGACCCGGACGACCUCCCAGCCGACGGAGCCGACCUCGCCCUCAACUUCCUGGGCGGCUUCAGCUCCUCCUCCGACCCGUGGACCUCGUCCUCCUGCGGGUCCGCGGGCGGCCUUAGCCUGUCCCUGGUGGACAAAGACCUGGACUCCUGCAGCGGGGUCAGCCUCGGCUCCCACUUCGACUUCCCGGACCACUGCACACCGGAGCUCAGCGAGAUGAUCGCUGGGGACUGGCUGGAGGCCAACUUCUCGGACCUGGUCUUCACCUACUGACCCAGCGCGGGUUCGGCUCCCGAGUCUGUCUCGGAACCGGUUCUGAGGGGUGAUCCAGAACCAGCCAGGGAGCGGGGUGACGCUGCUGCCCGGGCUCAGUGCGCGGGGGUCGGCUGUGCUCUUGGCUCGGAGUCGCUCCCCGUGGUGGAGGAAAUGAAACGACCAACAGGGUUUUAUGGGUUUAGUUUUCAGUGUCUCGGGUCAGAACCAGGACCCGAACCCGGACUAUGCAUUCCCGCUCAGCCCCAACAGAACUCUGAUUUCAGGACUUUUGCUGCAGGUUUCUGACCUUUUAACCUUGUUUUAGUGAGUUUGCAGCUCAUUGAAACCCGAACAGGAAACAUUUUGAUAUUUACAAAAACGAGAAAACCAAACGUACCUCAGCUUUUUAAUAAACUCAAAAUAAAACUAUUUUCAGGCAUAUUUUUGUACAUUCAGAGGGAAUGUCAGGCACUUCUACUUCCACAGUUUUUUUCUGAGCAUGUGAGGGUUUGAUUCCCUGCAGCCUGCCUUGCUUUAAUGCCUUGCAGAUGUUUUAAGGGUGUACAGACAGAUGUUUACAGGGAGGACUGGUCAGAUUGUACAGGUUGUGUAAAAUAGUUUAGAAGUUUGUGUAUUUCAAUGUGAGCAGGAGAGAAACUGGAUUUUCUGUUGCCUUUCUUAUUAUUUUUCUACCACUUCCAUCAGCAGCACGUGUUUGUUUUGCUCAUUAUUUUUGUGCAAUAUGAAAGAAAAGAGGGUGGAGCUAAAAGGCCGCCACUAGUGUUUCUGAUAGCAGAUGAGAAAACGUGUAAACUCGUCCUUUUGUGAUAAAAUCUGUUUGUCACACUGAAUAAAUCAGCUGGAACUGA